AUGCCUACUAAUCUGGGCCCGGGCGGCAAUCUCGAGGGCAUUCUCAAGUGGAGCCUCGCCCAUUCCGAUGGCACGGGUCCCGCCCGGCAGAUCACGGACGAGGAGCGGCAGUGGUUCAACCAGGCCAUGCAGGCGGCGGUGGUGGACAUAGUGCAGCGGAUGAAGGAGAUCAGCAUGGUCAUGGCCGUCACUGAAGAGGGACUCCUGGCGCAGGGCGUGACGGUGGAGGAGAUGGCGGGCAUGCUGGAAGAACUCCAGGAGCACGUGGAGUCGAUUGACAUGGCCAACGACCUGAAGGCCAUAGGAGGCCUGGAGCCGCUGCUGCGCUUCCUCCGCUCCCCUCAUGCGAUCCUCCGUGCACGGGCGGCGGAGGUGGUAACCACCAUGGUGCAAAACAACGAAAAGAGCCAGCGCAGCGUGAUAGAAGCGGGCGGCCAUCUGACCCUCAUGGAUAUGAUCCUGAACGAUGCUGACGUCACUGCCAGAACCAAGGCCGUGGGGGCAAUUUCAU